AGCCCCCUUGUUUGUGUGCUGCUCCAUCAUAAAGCAGCGAGGAUACUGCUUGGUCCAAAUUCAGCUAACACUGAAACAUGGCACCCAAGAAAGCAAAGAAGAGAGCAGAGGGAGCCAGCUCCAAUGUGUUCUCUAUGUUUGAACAGGCCCAAAUCCAGGAAUUCAAAGAAGCUUUCACUAUCAUGGACCAAAACAGAGAUGGCUUCAUUGACAAGAACGACCUGAGAGACACCUUUGCAGCUCUAGGCCGCUUAAAUGUCAAACAGGAAGAGAUUGAUGACAUGCUGAAGGAGGCACCAGGGCCCAUUAAUUUCACCGUCUUUCUCACCAUGUUUGGAGAGAAACUAAAAGGUGCUGACCCAGAGGAGACGAUCCUUAAUGCUUUUAAAGUCUUUGACCCUGAGGGGAAAGGAACAUUAAAGAAAGAGUUUGUGACAGAGAUGCUGACAACCCAGGCUGACAGAUUCUCCGCUGAAGAGAUGGAGCAGAUGUUUCAGGCAUUCCCUCCAGAUGUAGCGGGGAACCUGGACUACAAGAACCUCGUCUAUGUCAUCACACACGGUGAAGAGAAAGACCAGGAAUAGAGGAAUUCAUCACGCCCUCCCUCAUUGGGUCGUAUUUGUCCUGAGAUAUGACACGAUACGACAGCAGAAACAGAAAGCAAAAAAAUAAAUAAAUAAAUAACUCCAGCUUCAGUUUUUUAAUGCACACGUGUAUCAAUGUGUUCAUUAUUCAUUAAUUCACCAUUAUAACAUGUAUA